GCUAGUAAACUUCCCGUUUUCCCGUUCCUACCCAAACAUCCCAAUCACGUGCUUGUUCCGGGAGGUGUCCUUGUCCGUUGCACAAGGCAACCGAAGCGAAGUGCAAACAUGAGCGUGUAGAGGACGUGUGACCCGCACGGCGAAAGCGGAAGGACAUUCCCCACGAAGGUGGGUUACACCACUCGACGGGGCAAAGGUUCCUAAUAUAGAUUCAGUGUACUGUCCCCUGUGCGCUGGUGUCCGUUCCCUAUGACCUGGCCGCACGUUCUAUGCUUUAUGCUGCUCGACCGCCCUUCUCAAGGUGGUGUGCCGCUGCUUGGUUGGGUGUGGUGACUACUUUCACGACCCGAUCUGACUGUUUUUCGUGGCGCACUGUGCCCAUCCCAACAACCUGCACCAUCCAGUGGCUGAUCGGUUUCUGCCUAGCUGCUGACCGCACUGGCCACAGGGGAAGCAAUGAGCACCAGUCUAUCGGCGGAGAUACCGUACUCAAGCGAUGUUGGCACAACAGGAACCACGAGCCCACGCGCGAAGGCCACCACAGCGAACAACAACAAUGGAUCCUGCAUCACCGAGCAGGGAACUGAUCACGGCGAGCAGCAGCAUGAUCGCUUUGCGUACGCCAGCGAUGAGCCAACGAGCGGCGACACGCUAGCGUCGAAGACGAAUGAAUCCGAAAGUCUGGAGGAGGACGUGGAGGAUGAGGUAUACAACACGUGCAAUAGUCAGUCGGUGGUCGAGUGGAUCAACGACGACGAUGAGCUGGAGCGAUUGGACUUGCCGAUGGUGCUCGAUCCUACGAGCACCGUGUUCAACCGGGUCGACAGCUCGGAAAUUAUUUAUCAGGAGAAGAAAAAGAAGUGCAAACUGGUCGGCAAAUACGUGAUGGGCGAAGUGCUUGGCGAAGGAAGUUACGGCAAGGUGAAGGAGGUCCUGGAUUCCGAAACGCUUAGACGACUGGCCGUGAAGAUUCUCACCAAGCGCAAACUAAGACGCAUUCCAAAUGGCGAACAGAACGUUCGCAGAGAGAUCAAGCUGUUGCGCAAGCUGCAGCAUUGUAACGUGAUCAAACUGCUCGACGUGCUGUACAACGAGGAGAAACAGAAAAUGUACCUCAUCAUGGAGUACUGCGUCGGAGGGCUCCAGGAGAUGCUCGACUCGGUGCGGGACAAGAAACUGCCGAUGCAUCAGGCGCACGACUACUUCGUGCAGUUGCUGGACGGCUUAGAAUAUCUGCACGGCCGUGGCAUCAUACACAAGGACAUCAAACCUGGAAACCUUCUGUUGACGUUGGAUCAUACGCUUAAAAUUUCCGACUUCGGUGUGGCAGAGGCACUGGACAUCUUUGCGCCUACGGAUGAAUGUACGACCGGUCAAGGAUCACCUGCUUUCCAGCCACCGGAAAUCGCCAACGGCCAUGAGGUAUUCUCAGGGUUUAAAGUUGAUAUCUGGAGCACGGGCGUUACACUGUACAAUAUAACUACCGGAUUGUAUCCGUUUGAAGGUGAUAAUAUUUAUAAACUGUUAGAAAACAUAGGAAAAUGUGAGUGGAAACCGCCCGAGUGGUUGGAACGCCGUUUGGCCGAUUUACUGGUAAACAUUCUUCGAGCUAAUCCGAUGGAGCGCUUCACCCUUCAAGAAAUACGGCACCACGAAUGGUUCCAGUUUGCACCGGAUGCUACAAGCCCACUCGUACCGAUACCACCGUUGAAACGUGGUAACGUUGAAUCGUUCAAACUUGAUUGGCUAAGAUGUUCCACUGUGUUGCCUUACCUGAUAGCUCACCAUUACGAAGGCGAUCGGGAUACGCCAGCCGUUUACUUCACCGAACACGAUAUAAAUGAAGAAAUGGAUCGCCAGCGCGGAGAGCAAGAAGCUUUCCACAAUCCUAACCACCUCGUCCCGAUGGACUCGUUGUCGUUUCACUCCGAGGAUAACGAUGGAUCGCGGUACGGCCAUGGCUACCAGCCGCAGCAAUAUAUUACUGGUCGAACGUCGGAAAAGCGGCCAUCACGAAGCUUCUCACUGUCGCCGAAACCCAGCAUGAAGCACACCGUCAACAGCUGUCCCGCCACGACGGGAAGCAGCAGCAAACGGCGUUCGCGUAAAACGGUUUCGUGUAUCUCGUGGCGAAAGUGGCCCCACUGCCGCCAAUCGUGAAGUGCUUUGAUUACUUUCCGCGUGACAGUGUCGGCAAAAAAAUUGUGAACUCAGGUUUCGUAUGCGCUUCUAAAUUCGGCAAUAUACGGCCGCUGAUGCUAACCUACUGACGGCUCCGGCUUGUUUUUGUCGCGUUUCGGAUUAGAGAGAGAAUGCGAAUUCUGCUACACUUUUAUGUUUUUUGAGUUUUGUUUAUGUUUUUUUACUGUUGAUUCAACAAACACAAAUAUUACGAACUUUCGCCUGACUCACUCAAUCUCCCAGUUUUUACGACUCCUUGGUGUCAGGAGAGGAUUGUUAUAGUUUUUGCUCGAUCCAUCUCAAGCCUGAAGCAAGAGUAAACUAUGAAUAACUCAAUCGCAGAAAUCCCACUCAAUCUAGUUCGAUAGCGUAACCAAAGCGGUACUUGGCCAUGGGUACCGAGAGAAAGUAAAAUAUUAACAGGAUAACGUUUGAUGCCUUGCAGAAAGGUCCCAAGCUGCAUAUCCCGCCUAUUUUGUCAAUGCUCGAAACAGAGCGUUAGUGCCACUGGAGCCAGCUAUACAAACGAAUUUCGUACGCCUCUUUCUUUUUGUUUUGCAUAAAAACUAAAAUAAACACCUUAACCAGACGGCACAUUCUAAGGAAAUGUAUGCAAAAAAAAAUAUACACAGAGCUGUAAGAACGUUACAGUCAGAUUCCACUAAACAGUUUUCAUGUAUUCUGCACGGUCUGGUUAAGCACAUUUCGCUUUUGUGUGCAUCCCGCGAGUUCUAAAUAUGGCGAAACGGAACGGAAAGGAGUGGGUGACGAUGCCGUAGACUAGUCAGCAAGUAGGGUAAAAUUGGCUUCAAUUGGAACUAUUCCGCUUAGACACAGAUGGAACAAGAACAAAGGCAAAAGCAAAAUUUUCGUUUCGCUCCCAUGGCACCCAGAGGCACCCGUCGUACCUACAUCCCAUUUCUGAAACCGUGAAACUGCAUCAAUCAGUCUUCCUUGCCAUAUGGAAACAGUAACAGAGACGAUUUAUCGCCUGAUAAAUGUAAAAUGGUGGAUGGCUUUAAGAAAAUAUUGUACGUGAAAGUCCAUUGCUACUGAAUAUCCCACAUCUUGCAGAACAUAAAAAGACAAACACAGUAAAACAUAGGAAAGAAGUGGAGAAGGAUAUACCGCGACCAGGCAAUGUAGCAACAGAUGUACAAGACGUGAGAAGAAUGCUGAUGAACGAAUGCGUCAGUUGCGAAUGUGAAUAGCAAUUGAUCCGUUAGUUAAACAAGUUGGGAAGAAGAAUAAGAUACAUAGAAAAAUAUAAUUUUGUAAUUUAUAAAAAAAACCAAACAAUACGCCGAUAAU